AUGCAAAAAAAUACAUACACUACCUCGGCUGGAAGUAACAGUACCGAAGAUCAGCACGAUAGCAAACAACAUAAUCACAGCGGUCAAAAAAAGUCCGAGUUUCCAGGAAUUAGCCGACCCAUUGUCGGAUAUUGGUAUUUGUUUUCUGGUGCCCUUGUGUUUGGGAUUGUCAGUGUUGGUGGUCUUACGCGAUUAACAGAGAGUGGGUUAUCUAUCGUCGAAUGGAAUCUGAUCAAGGGAAUGUAUCCACCUCAGUCUGAAAGCGAGUGGGAGGCCGAGUUUGAAAAGUACAAGCAGUUUCCAGAGUUUAAAAUAAUGAACCAUAGAAUUACUUUGACCGAGUUCAAAUUUAUCUUUUUCAUGGAAUGGGCUCAUCGGAUGUUAGGCCGCUUUAUCGGGCUUUCCUUUGUUCUGCCUGGUGUCUAUUUUGCAUAUAAAGGAUACAUGACCCCUUCAAUCAAGGCACGCUCAUUUAUUGUGGCUACUUUGAUUGGGCUUCAAGGAUUGCUGGGUUGGUACAUGGUUAAAAGUGGUCUUUCGGAUACUCUUCUUGAAACCCCUCAUACAGUACCUCGCGUCAGUCAUUAUUGGCUUUGCGCACAUUUGGGAUCUGCAUUUGCCAUUUAUUCCAUCAUGUUUAUGACUGGUAUGGAAAUUCUCAGUGCAAAUCGUAUGCGUGCAUUGAGUUAUGCUCAAAAGGCAGCUCAGUCACUGAUUCCGCUACAAAAGUUUCGCAAAUAUGCAACAGUCACUGCAGGUCUUGUAUUUUUAACAGCUCUUUCUGGUGGAUUGGUUGCAGGUCUUGAUGCAGGUCUUAUUCACAACGAAUUCCCAUUUAUGGGAAACGGGUUGAUUCCAGAAGAAUACUGGACGCUUUCCACAAAAUCAGAUCGUAACGUUGCACCCAUUUCAUGGAUUCGUAACAUGCUUGAAAAUCCUUCGGCCGUUCAAUUCAACCAUCGUGUUUUGGGUUGUACAACAGCUACAACGGUUGUUGCUCUUUGGAUCGCCUCUCGUCGUAUCCGUCUUCCAAAAGCUUCGUUGAUUGCUAUAAAUGCAUUGCUUGGUGUUGCCGUGAUGCAGGUGACACUUGGAAUCACUACACUGAUUUAUCUUGUUCCUAUUCCUCUUGCUGCUGCUCAUCAAAGUGGGUCUUUGACACUAUUAACCGUGGCAAUGUGGCUCGUACAUACACUACGGGUGAUGCCAAAAUAA